UGUACGAGCCACACUGACUGCUGAGUUGAAGUUCUCUGGCAUGGGUGGACGUGUGCUUAACUUUUAACUGCAUCUUUAUCCUCGGAUUUUGACAGCUUCUACAAUUUAUGCAUACGCUUCAGCAGCGGAGGAUUAUACAACAACACAUACUCUCAAGAUCCUGCAGCUUGCACGUCACAUGUUCAUACACGUCUCGCUUUGGGCACGUCUACUUCAGUGUCCUACCUUUGCCAGAAGCAGUCACUGCAUAAAAUAGCUCUAAGCCCUGAUGACAGGAGAUGGUGGUGAAGCAGCGGGAUGACAGACACAGCCUCGCCCUCUCCUCCAGCCUCGCCCACACCCUCGUCCUCAGAUGAUGCUCCUCACAUCUUGCACACUCCUACCACAUCUUUAGCUUCACCAUCGCCUGUACCCUCCUCCUCAUCCUCUGAGCCUUCGUCAUCUACCUCCUGCAGCAACUCACCCAUCGUAGGGGAGUCUUCAGGAGGGUGCAACAGCGAUGGCUGCGAAGUUACUUCAGGAGCAUCCACGCUUGAAGAUCCCGGGUCAUCCAGACACAGGGUCGAGUCCCUCAUCACUCUCGAUCCCCCAUCCUCCUCGAUUCAGUUCUCGCCAGAAGUUUCCAGCUCUAAUUUAGGUCUGGAUGAGAAUUCCCUUAGCGAUGCACCUCACUCCUUCGCUGCUGGGGCUAACGGCUCCACCUCUCCACGGGCUCCUGACUCUUCUGAGGCAGCCACUGGGUCUUCUCACUUUCGCUUUAAUUGGCAGCCCCGAAGUUCCUGCCCAAAUUUAGUAGUUCCUUCUUCCUCAGGUUGGCCACAAGAGUGCCUCAGACCCAUGAGUGAGAGUUUGGUGUCUCGCUCCACAUGGCUCUCGUCUUCAUCGAGUGCUGCCACUGGCACAACUGGGACACCCUCGUCAUGGCACUCAGGAGCAUUUUGGGGCAGUUUGGAGGCAUCCGAUGUUAGCUCAACGGGGCCGCCUGAUUCAACAAAGUCCACCCUAGAAGCUUGCCAAGUAAGCUGGCAGCGGGAAUACCCCAGCACGGCAUCUGAUGAAUUAACCUCCUCAACAACUUUGUCUCACGAGACCGUGAAUUCGACUAUCGAGGUGGGAGCAACAUCGUCAUCAUGGUCCCAGGAGGGUGAGGGUGCCACGGCUGCUACAUGGGAAUGUGACUCUCUUAACUCUGAAGUCGGUGCUACGUCCUCCCUCUCGUCCUGGCCUCCAUCGUCUUCCACUUCCACUUCGCAGUCAACAUUGGACUUCGCGUCUCCGUCCAACACAUCGCCCUCCAACCCUCCUGUUAAUUCUACAUCUCAGUGCCCUCCAGAGAGCAGCUUGCAGCUUCACACGUGGAGGUCACGGGUGAUAUCAGCGCCUUUAAGUUUAACUCGUGUCAUGCCUACGGCACCUCCCCCGAGGCCGCCAACGCCCCCACGUCAACCCACGCCUCCUACCAGCCGUCACCGUUCUCACAUCCAACCCCCAAUGUCCCUCAGACGCUCGGUGUCUCCCCCGGCUCAAAGCUAUGCCCGUGUCCAGUCACCAUCGGCUGUCAGACGUUCCCUAUCGCCUCCACAGCUGCAGUACGCCCAUCAUGUCCCACCUGUGCGUAGAUCUGCCUCUCCACCCCACCAUCACGCCCACGCUGCUCAGCCACCCACGCCCCCGAGACGCUCGGUGUCGCCUGUCUCCUUCCAGGGUGUACUGGGCCAGCCACUCUCACCCACAGUCAGACGACGGACCAACCACAGACACAGGUCAUUGUGUCUUGCAGGUCAGCCAGGACACCCAGCCCACGCCCGCCACGCCCACCUAAUUCCACGCCCGCGUCGGACCCAGCCCCUUCCCAGCAACAGUCACCACGCCCUCACUCCACGAAGAUGAGGGGACGGUGAAUCCUCACGGUGUGAAAGUGAGAGGAUGGUGUUAUGGUCCUCAUGGUGUGAAGAUGGGGGAGCAGUGAGUCAUGGUGCACGUGGUGUGAAAAAAUGAGGGGAACCUAUUGAUUACCUUUCAUCGCUCAGGAUAUCAUUGCCCCUGUGGCCCGGUCCCAUGCGUGGUCCUGAGACUUUGAGAGUGUUGUGCUGGUCUGGUACUUACCCUGGCCUCGCCUCACUUCACUUUUAUUUCUGUGUUUUAGUGUUCCACGAGAAAAUAUUUUCACACUAGCGAGGCUCAAGGGGCAUCGUAUUUUAGCUUGUGUAUGUGUGUUUUCCUAUUUGAGAGUGAAGAGGCUCUAGCUCCUGGGUCAGCUUCUUAACUUUCGACCAGUUAACUUGAAUUAGCCUUGUCCUACUUACAUUUUAAAUCUGUGCAUGCAUUCGGCUUCUGCUGUAUAUUUGUAUAUAUUACUCUUCUGUUUGCUGGUAUCUCUGUGACUCCUUUAGGUAUGCUGUUCGUGUCUCUUAUUACAGUUCCUCCUCUGCUAAACAACUUUUGUACUUUGUUUAUGCCUUGGAAUAUUUAGUAUAUCAUAAUUGUUUACUCUCGUUAUUUGUUGCCCCGAGAAAGGGAGAUCAAGCUUUUGUAUCUUUUCUGAAUUAGUCCCCUCAGCUCAGGCACUUAUCCUGAUGCUUUAUACUUUUUGACUUGUCUUCAGUUUUCCUUUCUGCUUAACUAGGUGAUGGCUCCACACUAAUACUGCGUACUCGAGGAUUGGUCACAGGUAUCUGGAAAAGUCCCUAAAAUGUGUCCUUGUCAAGAUUUCCAAAAGCCAUAAUAAUGUUUGGCAGCCAAAUAUGUACUUUUGGUGUUAUUUAGUUAUAUUCACAUCAAAACAUAGAUUUGGUGUAAUGGUUACUUUUAGGUAAUUUUUCUUUACGGAUCCUGUGAGUCGUUUCCCUUCCAUGUGAUACUGUUUGAUUUCAAUUCUUUACAGUUUUAUUUGGUUCUCGUUUAGGUUAAAGUCUUGCAGUUAUUUAUUUGGACACUUCUGAGGUAUGUCCACUUUUUUUUUACAGUAUAAUACCAUUGUUAUGUAUUUUUAUCUUAUUGUUCCAGCCUUUGUUUUCAUCUUCUUUACAUAAAUAUAUUCCCUUUGUGCACUAAACCCUUAUGGAUGACAAAGCCUGUGCAGUAAGAUUGAUCCCAUGUAAGUAUAUUUUAUCCAGAUAGCUAUUUUAUAUAACUAGUCACUCAGAAUACCAUAACUCACCACGUAGAGGCGGCUACUCUUCGGGUUCUUUACCCUCUUUGCAGUUUGGCAUCUGUCAACAGAGAUAUAUAUGAGUUUACCCACAUCAACGACUCACGAACAAUGCACUACAAAAUAGUAUGAUGCCUUGCAUCGAUUCUUGGGGAUGUUUGUUAAUUACGAUCACCGUCUGACACUUCAUCCCUUAAUGUUACACUUUGUCUCUGGUCAUUCAAGUUUGCUUUAUUCCAUUUAGUGCCUUUACUGCCACCUCUGACUUUCUUCUCCAGUUUGCUUAGUAAUCUGUGUAGCAUUGUAUCAAAGGCUAGUUUACAGAGAACCCAUUCCACCUCUUUCUGAUUUCCAUUAGUUUAUCAUAUGUUUGUAAGGUUUGCAUGGUACGAUUUGGAAACAUGUCAUUUUGUCUAGGAUGAUGUAAAGACACAGACGAUGCUUAAACUGGGACUAGAUAAAAUCUUACACAGUGAAACGUCCUAACUGAAGCUUUUUACACAACACACGUCUUUUCUUCGUGGCAUGACUUUCCAUUUCUAAAAUCAUGUUGAUGCUAUGUGAGGUAUUUUAUGCCAUCUAGGUGUUCCUCGAGUGAUUUUCUUAUACUUACCAUUACAUUACAUCGAAAGCUUUUAAGAGGACACUGUUCUGUAAUUUAAAACUCCUUGCCUGACUCCCUUGUUAUUAUCUGCAUUAGGUUUGUCAUCUGGGAAACUUGCAGUUCUCCUGUCUUUAUUGGUUUGUUGAAGAUUUGGACGAGCAGCUUUCACAGUGCUUCAUGUCAUUUUCUUAGUAUCCAUGACAAUAAUUUAUCUGGUCCUGUUGCCUUUACUGUAUUGGGUUUCAUCAGUGACCUCCCUUUCUUACUAGUCAUUUUUAUUCUUAGUGAUUCAUCCUGGUUUUCCACUUCUGGCACUGAUUUUGUUCACUCGUGAAUUCUUCAUGAAGUGUAUUGCACUGCAUAUCUUCCUAUCAGUCUGUUAAUAGACCUGAACUUAUACUGUCAUCUUGAUACUGAUAUGGCUGUGAAGCGGUUUUGAUUAUGUUUUGCUUUAGCUGCUACAUACAUUGAAAAGUGGUUUCUGGUUCCUUUUAGGUAGUCUUUUCCGUCUCUCUUGCUAGUCUGUGCUGUAGUGGUAGAUAUGUUCUGGCAUUUCUUUUAGGCACUUGUGAUCUUAAGUUCCCCCCCCCUUGCAUUGCCAAUCGAACCACUGAAUUUCUCACUGAAUUUCUCAGUGAAUCAUCUACCACUGACCGACUAUUUUCCACCACGGACCGACUACCGUACACCAUGCUCCUACUACCUUCCACCAUGGAGCACCUUCGUGCCAACACAUUACUUGCCAUCAGUGUUGCAGUCGUUGCCAUGCACAUGUGAUUAGUGUACAGAAGUUCCGUCAAAAGUCAAUAUAGCACGGAAGGUUAAACAUUCUUAUCAUUGUGUGUUGUGAGGAGGACAGGGUGAGAAGGAGCCUCCUAGCUGAACCUCACGGGGUGAGGAGGAGCCUCCUAGCUGAACUUCACGGGGUGAGGGAAUGGGGAGAGCCCAGCUGGGGCUUCACUACUACAGCGGCAUCAUUACAUAUCAUUCUGCAUCUGUAUCAGCGCCCAAAAUAUUAUGCAUUAAUUAUAUCCUACUGUUGGCUGACCUCCCCACUCUGAACCAACAUGAUCAUGGUGGGCAGCAGCCGUCGGUAAUAUUAAUAAGCUUAUGGUAACUGGCCGGGGUACACGUUAUUACAUAUAAAUAUAUAUUG